AUAGAAGAAAUUUUCUCCUCACCUCCUUGCUUAACGGCAAGCUUUUUACAAACAAGAUCUGAUGUGUCAAUGGACGGUUUUGUCCCAGUGAAUCUGCAAGAAGCAAGAGAAGUUUUGAAGGAACUUACUAUGACAGAUUGGAUUGCUCGGCAGAUCGAUUCUUCUCUAUUGAACGACCUAUUUCUUGGUCUUCCACGGAGUUCUCCUCACCAAGAAGCUCUUGCUAUUUUUCUUCUGGUGCCUGAGUGCUGUGUUGCUCUUGAAGCAUGCAGCAUACCGUUACUAGCUUCAGAGUUUGCUGAAGCUGUCACAGGUCUGAGCGAGGGAUCUUCCAACAUUCUAGAAAAUUAUUGGUCCUUGUUACCAGGUCCGUUUUUAGAGCAAAUAGUUCAAAUGUUGAAGACGUAUGUGUCAGCCAUGUUGCCUUCUUAUAACCUUUUUCCCAAAGACAAGACAUGGAUUGAUAUCCUCAAAGUGCUUAAAAAGCUGUAUAAGGUCAACAUGAAGGCUAAAUGCCCACUGCAAAUAAGUACCUUCUGCAUAGAUGAAAUUCCUCAAAAAAUUGACCUAGAAGAUGAUUUUUGGGAAUGGGAGUUACAUAAAGACAAUUUACUAAAAAUAAAAGCUUGUUGUGAAUUGGUCAACUGUUGGAGGCUGGGAAAUAGUGACACUCCAGAACCCCCUGUGUUUAUUCUGAAAGUGCGACGCCACUUUCUCCUUGAAGACACCUGGCACAAACUUAGUAUAUUGGAGGACUCCUACCUGAAAAUGCACCUGCUGGUUCAAUUUGAAAAUGAAAUGCCUGAUUAUGGAGAUCUAGGUUACCUGGUGGAAUUCUUUUCAGAGGUGUUUGAGAAGGUGGUGCAGCCAGAAUAUGGGAUGUUUAUGUAUUGUGAAUCCACUUCCCCAAUGUGGUUUCCUCCCAAGCCUUCUGUGGAGAAGAAUAAAUAUUUCCUGUUUGGUAUUCUCUAUGGGCUUUCAAUGGCUAACGGAGUCACUGCCUACAUACCCUUCCCACUUGCUGUCUUUAAAAAGCUGCUUAACAAGAAGCCAACUCUCAGUGAUGUGAAAGAGCUAAGCCCUGUGCUAGGAAGAAAUUUGCAGACAGUUCUUGAGUAUGAACAUGAUGACCUUGAAGACAUGUUUCAGCUAUGUUACUCUAUUUCCUGGGACAGCAUGGAUGUAGACUUGAUUGAAAAUGGCAUUUCGACAGCUGUAAACAAUGCCAAUAAGAAAGACUUUGUUGACAAAUAUGUGGAUUACAUAUUCAACAAAUCAGUGGAUGAUGUUUUCAGUGAGUUCAAGAGAGGAUUUUACAAAGGCCUGGAUGAACAGCUAGUUGGCAUCUUUGAGCCUGAACAACUGAUGGAAGUGGCAAUUGGAAAUGCCAAGUAUGACUGGGAUUUGUGCGAAAAGAAUGCUGUGUAUUCGGGUAUAUACAGCCCAACGCACCCAACUAUAAAGAUGUUCUGGGAAGUUUUCCAUGAGCUGAGUUUGGAGGAUAAAAAACAUUUUCUGGUGUUUUUGGCAGGAAAUGACAGGAUCCCUGUGACAGGAAUGGAACCUUGGAAGAUUUAUCCACAUUACUUGCCCUCAGAGGAUCUUAUCCCUGGGGCUGGCAUCUGUUUUCAUCUUUUAUUUCUGCCAGUUUACUCAACAAAACAAAAACUGAAAGAGAAGCUUCUUCAAGCGAUCAGCCACAAUCGUGGCUUUGGCAGAUUUGUGCCCAGAGUCUGAAACAGGAGCUUGAAUAAGAUGCCACCUUGGAAGCGGUAGCCUUCUUUUGACCUCAGAUGGGAAAACAAGAUUGUCACAAGGGAUUUUGGUUAGAUGACUGUUCAGUGAUUUUCUUGCUUCAUUAAGAAAUAAAGCGAUCCUGUAGUACUUUGAAAAUAUGCUGCUUUAUCUAAUUAACCACGUAAUUAGAUUGAGUUAAUAUGUUCUUUUUAAUGAUGUAAAAGCAAGCAGUUGAGGUUAUAUGUUAUUAUCUUAUGCUACUGCACCAGUCGGACGCCAAUGCCUUUUCUAUUUCUUUUCCCCUUUCCCCUACACUUUUUUUUCUUUUCCU